AUGCUAAUACUUGUCCAGCUACAAGUGAUAAUAGCGUUUGAUUUUCAACGAUCUCCGAAUUAUUAUAAGAAGGGGGAUAAAGUCGACUUACUAGUUAAUAAGGUUGAAUCGGAUCAUACGCAAUUACCUUAUCCAUAUUAUAAUUUACCAUUUGUUUGUCCAAAGGGCCGUGGAAGUAGUGCUAAAGCAAAGUCACUUUCAUUAGGACAGAUUUUGAGUGGGGACAGAAUCUGGGAAAGUGACUAUAAGUUGGAAUUUGGUAUUGAUCAACCAUGCUUGAGGUUAUGUAACUUAGUUGCGAAAGAGACCGGUAUAGGAAAGGCUGAAUCAUUGAUAAAAGAUGGUUAUGUUGUUCACUGGUUAUUGGAUGGAUUGCCAGGGGCCACCACAUUUGUGAGUAGUAAUAAGAAUAACAAGUACUACGCUGCUGGAUUCCCAUUAGGUUUUGUUGAAGAUGGAGUGAGUUACAUUUAUAAUCAUGUUAUGUUGGUUAUUAGAUAUCAUUCAGAUCGUAAAAAUAAGAACAAAAAUACUAUAGUCGGAUUUGAAGUUUAUCCUAAAAGUGUUAGUAAUGAACAAUGUCCUGGAUCAUCUAAAGAUUAUAAAAACUUUGCUUUGAAUUUGAAGAAGAAUGAAAAGGGGGAAGUUUUCUCUCAAAGUACUAUUAUUCCAUAUACUUAUUCAGUCUAUUGGCGUGAAGAUAAUUCAAUUGAUUAUGAUUCUAGAUGGGAUUUAUAUUAUGAAAAUGAAACAACUACAAAUCAUAAAAUCCACUGGAUUUCAUUUAUUAACUCAAUUAUCUUACUUUCACUUGGAUCAUUAAUUGCUGGUAUUGUAUUAUUAAGAGUUUUAAAAUCAGAUAUUGAAGUAAACUCAGUUUCCUCUCCUUUACCAACUACAAAUAAUGAAAAUGAAAAAUUAUCAAACUCUUGGAAGAAUUUAAUUGACGAAGUAUUUCAAAAACCAGUCUUCGCUUUACCGCUUACUAUUUUAGUGUCAAGCGGUGUUCAAAUUAUUGUGGCUACGCUUGGAGUUAUCGUUAUUUUAGUACUCAAUUCUAAUUUAAUAAUUGGUAAAUCAACAUCAUCAACAGCAUUUUUCAAUAAUCAUCAAGGGGCCUUUUUUUCAAUUUCAUUAUUUUUCUUUAUAACCCUGGGAUUUGUUUCUUCUUAUACUGGUAUUAUACUUCACAAAAUUUUUAAUAACAACCAUAUUAACGUUUCCUAUACGCAAAAGACAUGUUUAAUUUAUUCAAUUUUUUUCAGUGGAUUUUUACCAACCUUAAUACUUACAGUUGUUUUGAUACUAAAUUUCUUUGUAUGGGCAGAAGCAUCAUCUUAUGCUCUACCAUUUGGUACCAUAUUGGUUUUAAUUCUAUUAGUAUUAGUUGUGGAAAUACCAUUGGGGAUAAUUGGGGGUUAUUAUGGGAAUUUAAAGAAAUUUGAUAACCGUUCAUUAAUCGGAAGUUAUACUGGAUAUUCUAAAAAUGAAACCAAGGAUAAGAAUAAGAAUUUUACUCCAACAUCAUCGAAAAAGAAGGUAUCCUGGUUAUUAAAUCCCGUGACCAGUAUAUUAAUUUUUGGAACUGUACCGUUUGGUAUUGUUUAUGUUGAAUUAUUAUUUAUAUUCAAUUCGGUUUGGUUAGAAAAGACUACUUUUUACUAUAUGUAUGGAUUUUUAUUGAUAACCAGUUUAAUACUUAUAAUCAUAAUUGCCGAAUCAUCAAUUAUUGCAACUUAUAUUUCAUUAGCAGUUUAUAAUAAUCCAAAUUGGCAAUGGUUAUGUUUUAGAGUUGGAUCUAGUAUCGGGUGGUUUAUUUAUGGAUAUUCAGUUUAUUAUUUUACAUUAUAUUUACAUAUCCAUGAUUUUGUUAGUGUAUUAUUUUAUUUUGCUUACAUGGCAUUAGUUUGUGUUGUUAUUGGAAUUGGAUGUGGAUCAGUUGGAGUAUUAACUGGGUUAUUAUUUAUUAAAAAAAUUUAUAGCGCCAUCAAAUUAGAUUAA